UUCAGAUUCCAUUCUGUCGGUAUCCCCUUCGGCUGUUCUUCUAUUAAUAACGACUUUCCACUUCCCUUCGACUUUGUACCUCUCUCUCUCUAAUGGCCACCCUUUUCAGGCCGUUUUCACCUCCACCAGCAGCAAAAGCUAGUCAAUUCAAUUUCUCUGAUUCAUCAAACUCUCCAUUUUCUAUUCCAAAAACCCAUCACCCAUCUUCAAGAAAAUCUUUCUCCAAAAUCCAAAGCAGCAAGUUUGGCAAUUUCCUUGACUUGAAACCCGAAUCAAAACCCGAGUUCUUCGAUUUCGACCUCCCCAAAUUCGACCCAUCAAGCCGUUCUCGCUUGGACGUGAUUAUAAUCGGCACAGGCCCUGCUGGGCUUCGUCUUGCAGAGCAGGUUUCAAGCUAUGGCAUUAAGGUAUGUUGUGUUGAUCCUUCACCCCUUUCUAUGUGGCCAAAUAACUAUGGUGUCUGGGUCGAUGAGUUUGAAAGCUUGAACCUUGAAAAUUGCUUAGACAAAACAUGGCCUAUGGCUUGCGUUCAUGUUGAUGACAAUAAGACCAAGUAUUUGGACCGUCCUUAUGGUAGAGUCAGUAGGAAGAAACUCAAGACUCUGUUAUUGGAGAGAUGUCUCUCCAAUGGGGUUCAAUUUCACAGGGCCAAGGUGUGGAAAAUUCAGCACCAAGAGUUUGAGUCUUCGAUUUUGUGUGACGAUGGGAAUGAGCUCAAGGCAAGCUUGGUUGUUGAUGCUAGUGGGUUUGCUAGCAGUUUUAUAGAGUAUGAGAAGCCAAGGAACCAUGGGUAUCAGAUUGCUCAUGGUAUUUUGGCUGAAGUGGAAGAACACCCCUUUGAUUUGGAUAAGAUGCUUCUGAUGGAUUGGAGAAAUUCCCAUCUUGGAAAUGAACCUUAUUUGCGUACUAGUAAUUCUAAAUUUCCGACGUUUCUCUACGCUAUGCCAUUUGAUUCAAACUUGGUAUUCUUAGAAGAAACUUCACUUGUUAGUAGGCCAGUGUUAUCUUAUAUAGAGGUUAAGAAACGAAUGGUUGCGAGGCUAAGGCAUUUGGGAAUUAGGGUGAAGAGGAUAAUUGAAGAUGAGAAGUGUUUGAUCCCAAUGGGAGGCCCUCUUCCCCGGAUCCCCCAAAGUGUGAUGGCAAUUGGAGGGACUUCUGGGGUCGUCCACCCUUCAACUGGGUACAUGGUGGCUCGGACCAUGGCUCUAGCCCCGAUAUUGGCUGAGGCCAUUGCAGAGUGCCUUGGCUCAACCCGAAUGAUUAGAGGGCAGCCACUUUAUCAUAAAGCAUGGAAUGGCUUGUGGCCAAUUGAAAGGAGAUGUGUACGGGAGUUUUACUCUUUUGGUAUGGAGACUUUGUUAAAGCUUGAUCUGGAUGGGAGUAGAAGGUUCUUUGAUGCUUUCUUUGACUUGGAUCCUUAUUACUGGCACGGGUUUCUCUCCUCAAGGUUGUCCCUUAGAGAGCUUGCUUUGUUGAGUUUAUCGCUGUUUGGCCGUGCCUCUUUCCCAUCUAGGUUCGAUAUUGUUACAAAGUGUCCCUUGCCUUUGGUUAAACUGAUGGGUAAUCUAGCACUUGAAGCUGCAUAAUACUGUAACACUUGGAAACAAUUGCUUUUUGUUUCAUUUUGUAAUGUUGUUCGUGUUGUUAGCUUGGACUAUACACAUUGGUCCAUUCCUUAUACAGUAUACUUUACCAGAAUAUUAGAGCUCUAGGUUGAAGUGCUCCUUGUUAAAUGAUUGGAUUAGAACCUCAUCUCA